AUGGAUUAUAUUCCUUCCAAUAUACUCCAAUUUGACCAAGCUUUACAACAAGCUGAUGAGCUGUUCCAAAUCUCCUGCCUUCCCUACACAGAGCACACAACCCAAGAAAAUCAAGCACUCCCACCGUCUCCAUCUCAAGAUGGUUGUGAUCUCACUUGCAGGCCAAAAUCUGGUCAGAAGCGCAAGGCAUCAAUAUCUUCAUCCAAUAUCACUUUUGGUGAAAUUGAUGAUGAGCGAAACCCAAAGGGCAAUAAGAAGAUCAUGCAUAGAGACAUUGAACGGCAAAGAAGACAAGAAAUGGCCACCCUUUAUGCAUCUCUUCGAUCACAACUUCCCCUUGAAUAUCUCAACGGAAAUAGGUCUAUAUCUGAUCAUGUUCAUCAGACAGCGAUUUACAUAAAACAUCUACAAAGCAAUAUCCAAGAGCUGCAUAAUAAGAGGGAUGGGCUGAAAAGGUCGUGCAAUAUUUCAUGCUCUUCCAGUACAAGUACUGCAGUAACAAUGGAAAAUUCCCAGACUCCAAUGAAGGAGUCUGUAGUAUUGGUUAGAACUUGUAAAGUAGGGGUGGAGGUUGUGGUGAAUACUCCCAUGAAACAAGGGCUUACUCUUUCAAGACUGCUCGAGAUUCUGAAGGAAGAAGGACUUAGCACAAUCAGCUGCAUCUCAGCACAAGUAAAUGAAAAGUUGAUUUAUACGAUUGAAUCUGAGGUGAGUGAUGGGAAAUGCAUUGAUAUGUUUGAGCUCCAACAGAGAUUGACAAAAAACUUAUGA